CCUGAGGGUGCCUCCCGUCCGUCCGUGCCUGCCUCCCUCCCGCGCAGCGCGGCAGGUCGGGGCGUGCGGCGGCGCCGAGCGGCGGCCGAGGGACCCUUGGAGGCGGAGGAGGGAGAGAACGAGCGCUUGUUUACCACACGGUCCAGGCGAUGUUCUGUUCUGUUCCCUUCUUUUUUUGGAAGCUGCAUCAAAUGGGGAGCUGAUGGCAAUGGGUUAUUGCUGCACCGUGGUGUUGAUUGCCAUGAGGAAUCUUUACGAAUAGCUUCUUCUUCCUGUCCUCUCAUGAAGAACAUAAACUGCGCUUUUUGCUUUCCUAAAUCCAGCAGCAGACUAGAGCCAGCAAGAAGAGAGGGGGUGGAAAAAAGCCUUUGAAGAGGACUGAACAUUUUCACUGGUGCUGUCACCUGCUUUGGUGGUGAAAGGAACUUGGUGAACCUGAAAGAUGCGUGAAUAUACAGAAAAGAAGGAAACAUGUGGGACCAUCUGUCUGAAGUACCUUCUCUUCAUCUUCAACUUCUUUUUCUGGCUGGCUGGUGGGGCUGUGAUGGCAGUGGGCAUCUGGACCCUGGCUGAGAAGAGUGACUACAUCAGCCUGCUCUCCUCCAGCACAUACUCUGCAACUGCUUACAUCCUGGUGGUGGCUGGGGUGGUGGUCAUGGUCACUGGCAUCCUUGGGUGCUGUGCCACCUUCAAAGAGCGGCGGAAUUUGCUAAGAGUGUACUUCAUAUUGUUGCUAUGCAUCUUUCUCCUGGAGAUCAUUGCAGGAAUCCUGGCCUAUAUCUACUACCAACAGCUGAGCCUGGAGCUGAAGCAAAAUUUGAAGAACACCAUGACCCAGAAGUACCGGAAGGAGGGAGAAGAAAGUGUUACCAGUGCAGUGGACAAACUGCAGCAGGAGUUCAAGUGCUGUGGGAGCAACAACUACACGGACUGGGCCGACAGCGUGUGGAUCAAAUCUUCAGAGGCCAGUGGGAGGAAAGUCCCAGACAGCUGCUGUAAGACCAUCACUGACCUGUGUGGCAGAAGGGACCAUCCUUCCAACAUCUACAAGGAGAGUGGUUGCAUUACCAAGCUGGAAAACUUCAUUCAAGAGCAUCUGAAAAUUAUCGGGGCAGUGGGCAUCAGCAUUGCUUGUGUGCAGAUCUUUGGGAUGAUUUUCACCUGCUGCUUGUACAAGAGUUUAAAGUCAGAACCAUAUUAAUAGCUGUGAGAGCUCUGUCGCUCCCCCUCUGCCACUUCCCUUAGCACCUGCCAACCUGACCACCCUCCACCACCACCACCACCAAAGUGUCUGCAACUUGAGGACUUGGCUCUGUAAUUGAAUGCCUUCAGAACCACACACUGCCUUACCUGCCCCUCUGGGGAAAGUCACCCUCCUUCUGUGUACAAGGCAGCUGUGGGUUCAGCGGGUCCUCUUCAGUGUCAAGAAACAAAAGAGCUGUGGAUCUUCUGCUAGAAGCUUUAGCACAACAGUCCCUUGAUAUAACUACAAAGCAAGAUUUAUCCAAGGCCGUUUCCCUUGAGGCUUUUCCCAAGCCAACAUGAAGCUAUCAGGAUGCUGUACAAGAGUCAUGGUUUGCUCUCCUGAGAAGUGACUUCUCAGCAGUACUGGGCAUUGACUGUGAGGACAGAUGAUGGUUCUGCACUGAGCUGCAGCCAGAGCUGAGUUUCUCCUACAUGGAAGAUUUCUCUCUCUCCCUCCUCCCAAGUGUGCACCAAUGUCCUAACACAGCUGUUCUUCACCAGAGAGGAUGCCUGCCUGCUUACUGGGGGCAGGAGCUAUGUGCCAAGCCAACUGGGAGCACAACUUGGUGCAGCUGAAGUCGAGGUGUGACACGCAUAUUGCCAAGAUGUUGUGGGUGCCUUAGGAUUUCUCAGAAGUUCUUGCUCCUCUUCCAUGAAGUCUCCUCCAACGCAGUGCCAUUCGGAGCCACAAGAGGCCUUUUGCUUCCCAGCAGCUCUGGAGCAAAGAUGAUGGACUGCCUUUUUUUGGGUCUAGUCUGUUUUAUUGACUGGUUUCCAGCAUGAAUGAGGACUCUUCCUUUCACUUCCCUAUCUCCUGAUGAGGUUUGGUGAAGAACUGGUCUUUGUGUGGGUCUCCCAUAUCUUGCUACCCUUUGGCCUGCUCAGUUAGUGGAAAUACCUUUUUCAUCUGUUACAUGUUGAAAGGUUCCCUUGGUUUGAUUUUUCUUACUAAAACCUCUGGGUUUGCUUCCCUUGGCAGGAAAUUGAUAUAUACCAGUGUUUUUCAGCCUCCAAAGAGCUUAUUAAUUUUUUAACAAAUUAAGCUGAAGGUUUUCUGGCUUUGUCUGGAAGCUCACCUUACUGAUUACUGCCAAGAAAGUCAGGAGAGUCAGUUUCAACCAGUUGCCCCAGUGUAGUUGGUAAAUUGGCAGUGCUGGGUGAGCUGUUCGCUGCUGAGGAACAGGUUUUAAUUAAAUAUUGUCUCUGCAUUGGGAUCCUGGAUACAUCCAGGACAGAGACAUUGCCAUGGACUUGGUGCCAGCAGGAUCAUAGCCUGGAUUCACAGGAUGUCUUGUUCCCUCCUUCCUGCUAUGCCUGUUACACUCAUGAAGCAGCAGAAAGGGGAGUGUGGUGUUUCUGAGCAGUGAAGACAAGCUCAGACCUUCAUAAAUAAAUUUCAUCCCUCUUCUGGCCUUUCAGCAGUGCUGGCUGAGCCCUGUCCCUGGCAGGAGGCAGCCAACAUAAGCAGAAUCAACCAGACCAGUAAAGGGUCUUGCAGCAUCGUGGGGGUUUUGGUUCACAGAGCAGAAAUCGUGGACUGGAGCUAAAGAGUGACAUAUUAAAAUUCAGAGCAGGUCAAUCUGAAACUCCUCCAUUAUCAGUCCUAAGAAAUAAUCCUCAACUAAUGCAGAAAGAGAGGUGGAGGAACUGAGGUGUAUCCUUGGUUCUACAACAGUAAGAAGGAGAGGAAAGACAUCUAAAUUAUUCUGUAAUGAUCUAAAGGAGAAAUCUCUAAAUUAUUUCUUGUUUUAUAGUAAAGUUCCUUAACAAGUAUUGACUACUAACUAAGAGGAAAAUAUUGAGCAUGUUGCUUGAAGCAAUAUUUCUGAUUUCUUAAGCAUAUCUUCAUAGCUGCCUUUGCCCAUUCCCUUCAAACACAUUCUACAGGGUUGGGAGAGGCCAGGAAGAAUGAGACAUAAACAGUAAGUUGGCUUGUUGUUAAAAAAAACAGAGUUGUUUUAUACUUUUUCUCUGUGUAACAAUAUUCAUGGCUUUUGGUUUUUUUUAACCCAGUUUAAGUUGCUGGCCAAUAGAAAAAUAAAGCUUAAGUCUCU